AUGUCUUUCAAUUCCGAUAAACGAAAUGGAAGUCGUGCUAGUUCCUAUACUUUUUCUCCAAAAAUAUCCCAAAUAGCUGAAGCUCCUUCUCCAGUUCUUCCACCAAAUAUCCAUCCGACAACUUUUUGCGCCAUUGGUCCUAAUGCCUGCGAUCUCGAUAUUCUCUCCCGUCUCCACGCUCAGACUGUCAGAGCCAUGGGCCGCGAUAUUUCCCACGAAGAAUUCUAUCUCCGUAUGGAAGGACGUCCUGCCAGAAGUCUUGCUCCCCUUUCUCCCAGCCCAAACAUCAAUCCAUUUUCAUCUUCCAAUACCAAAAUCAAUCCUGAAUACCAAACAUCUGGAAAAUGUCGAAUGGAAAGUGGCACAACUGAAUCUAGAACUAAUAAUCUAAGGAGUGGUAUUAGUGCAAUGGAAGCAAUAGAGCCAGAUCAAAAGUUCAGAGAAUUUGUAGCGAGAUGCGUGGGAAUUACACCGCGGGCUUUAUUUAUGGGAGUUGGGGCAACAGAGAGGGCAGAUAGAAAGGUUGGGAGAGGACCAGGUUUGACGGCUAAGGAAGAAGAAGAAAAGGGGGUUUACGAGAAAGUUGAUUGGGGGGAUGGGAUUCUUGAGUUUGAUGCGUGGGUCGAUAUGGUAUGCAAAGAGGUCCUAGCUAUGAGAAGAAGACUCGAUGCUUCAAGAGGUUUGAUUUAA